CACGUAAUGAAAAUCCCACUUCAAAACUCUCCUUCACUCGCCUGAAAAUGGAAGACGAAGAAGGCAUCGGGUUGAUUUUAGCCAGAGCUACCGAGCUCAGGCUCAAGAUCACCGAUUGUAUCGACAGCUCCAGCCCCGCCGUCAGCGACGACGGCCACGGCGGCGGCGGAAACGAGCUUUCUUUUCCCAGAGAAGGAAAGAAGGAUGAGACUAUUGCGAAUCAAGAUAAGGAUUUUGACUCAAUCAGCUCUGGAGAUGUAGAGGAGGAGGAAGAAGAAGCUGAUGAACAGCUUCUGCGUAUCCGCGAUGCUCUAGAAUCCCUAGAGUCUCAGCUUGCUGCUUUACAGAAUCUACGGCAAAGACAACAAUACGAGAAGCAAGUGGCACUCUCUGAGAUUGAUUACAGCAGGAAGGUGUUGCUUGAGAAGCUCAAGGACUACAAAGGGAAAGAGCUUCAAGUACUACGCGAGGCUUCGACUUUUGCUGGCGAAAGAGUUGACUAUGAGAACGAUCUUCUCCUUCCUCCUUACCCUGUUCAUCCUCCUCUCUCCCUCGGUUUAGAUAACAACAAUAAUGGCUACCUACCUCAUUUACCGUCUAAGCAGAAGAUAUCCGAUGCAAACGGGUUUGGGUCAGGACACGUGAGAAAGGAAACAGAGGUUGAAAGUCCCCAUGGAGUUGUUCGCUUCUUAGGCUCUGUUGCCAAGAUCUUGCUUCCAAUCAUCGGUGUGAUUUCAAUCUUGUAUGCUUCUGGAUAUGGUCCAGAGAUCAGGAAAAGAGGCGCGUCGCUGAAGUUUCUCCCGCAGAGAGUAGUCGGAGGGAAGAGAACAUCGAACCAAUGUCCUCCAGGGAAAGUUCUAGUGAUUGAAGACGGUGAAGCAAGGUGUCUUGUGAAGGAAAGAGUCGAGAUACCCUUUCACUCGGUGUUACCGAAACGAGAUGUAACUUACGGAUACGGUUGAAUUGUUAAAACGCCCUACCACUGUAAUAUUAUUAUCAAUGCCUCCUGAGUUCAGUGUGUAAAGUUUCAACCUUUUGUCUCUCUUUAGAUGGGACUUUAUUUUAAAAAGCCCUAGAACCUUAUCAAAAAAAUUCUAAUAUGCCCCAGUUCUAAAAAGAUUUUCUUUUUGAAUA